GUCAUCAAGCUAACACUAACCUCUAUCCUAGGACGCAUCACAAGCAAAAUUUCGCUUUUUACUCAUACGCGGCUGUAAAAAGGUAACGGAAACAAAUACGCCUGUUAAGAAAGAUAACCAGUUAUAUUAUAUUUCAAAUUAUUGAAAUAUGCGUUAUUUUGUGAAUGUCGCGUUUUAUUUUUAUAAAAUUAUGUUUAAUUACAUGUUAGCUGUCUAUUUAAAUUAAUAAUAUUCGAAAUAAAUAAUUGAAUAAACUCGGAUUUUUUUCUACUUUCAUUUUCGUUUUGAUUUCAACACGUGUUUGUUUAUGGAUGGAUUUUAUAAGAGAAACUGCGAAAGCUGUUGGCUUUGAAAAGCCACUUAAAGAAGAACAACUUCUGUGUUUGUCCUCAGUGCUAGAAGGUAAAGACAUAGUGGCGAUUCUUCCCACUGGUUAUGGGAAAAGCUUAAUUUUUCAAUUAGCUCCCCAAGUGAUUAUGCGGAGCAGGGGCAUUCCGGCCUCUAAAAGUGUAGGUCUGAUAAUUACUCCAUUGAACAGUAUCAUGCUAAAUCAAAUUCAGGCCCUACAUUCAAUGGGAAUAUCAGCAUGCUCCCUGGACUACUCUUGUAGCAAGGCCCAGACAUUUGAAUUCGACAGGGACAGUGAUGAGAGCGGGGAUGAUGCUGACUGUGACAAUCAAAUCCUGACAACUGCCCCCAUUUCAGACAUACUAGAAGGGAAGUAUUCCCUCAUAUAUGCACACCCCGAGGCACUGCUUAGCUGUGCCCAAGGCGAGAGACUACUAAAGCAGCUUCAGAAAAGUGAAAUGAUUGUGUGCAUUGCAAUUGAUGAGGCUCACAUCAUACUAGAAUGGGGAGCUGAAUUUCGAAAGGAUUUUUCCAGGAUAGGAGAAAACUUGUUGUCAAGAUUUCCAGACAUCCCUGUAAUGGUGUUCACUGCCACUGCUCCUCCAAAGGCUCAACAGCAAAUUAUAAGGAAUCUUAAUCUCCGAAAUCCGCAAGUUAUUUCCAUUAACCCUGACAGGCCAAACAUAAAAUACAGCACUAUUAUGCGACCACCAUCUAGCCAAACUGUGGAGCAUUUAGAAGAGAUUCUAAUACCAAUUAUGGAGGGGCUUGCCACAGAGAAGCAGAACUACCCGUUGACUAUCAUGUAUACAGAUACGAGUGUUAUAAGCUACAGUUAUACAUAUCUAGAAAAGAAUUUGGGCAACAGACAGUACAUUGGUGACUCUAUUCCUGAAAACAGAAUCUUCGCACAAUACCACCAAACCUAUACUGACAAAAUGAAAUCUUUCAUUGUGCAGGAAAUUUGCAAAGCUGAUAGCAGAAUUCGAUUUGUGAUGAGCACUGUAGCACUAGGAAUGGGACUAAAUGCCUUGCAUGUCAGACAUGUUAUUCACUACAAGCCUCCAACAACAAUUGAAAGAUAUUUCCAAGAGACUGGCAGAGCAGGACGGGAUGGUGAACCCAGCUAUGCUACGCUUUACUACAACAACACUGACAUCAGAUCAAACCGACCAGGGAUUGACAAAGCAAUAGUGAAAUAUUGCAAAAACACAUCUUCUUGCAAGAGAGCUGUGAUGCUAGAGUGUUUUGGUUUUCAACCUAUUCAGGGAAAUCAAAAUUGUUGUGACUUUUGUGAUUCAAAUCAUGGCCAGGAAGCUUCAAGUGUCUGAAGUUGAAGUGAAACAUAUAUCCUCUAGGAUUCAUACCUCAAGUAAAUCCUGUUCCACAUGAAACAGUUCUUCAAUAACUGGUGAAAACUGUUCUAAACGAUCUGAUCGACUGUGUGCUCCAGCCCUCAGACUGCGUGCCGAAUCAAACGUAACCCUCGUCAGCUGGUCACCACCCAGUGGAAUUGUUGCCGUAUUUUCAAAUUCAUCCUCUAUGAAAUCAAAAAUAAAUAAAAUUCAAUCAUCUGUUUGAAUGUAUUGUUCUGAAAAUUUUAAGAAACAUUAUUCAAAUCUGUAUAAGAAAUAACAUAAAUGAAAUUUACUUGUCUCUAUGAUGAUCAUAAAUAUGUUCUGGUAAAAUCAUUAAAAUAUUAAUAAAUUGAA